UCCAGUUUGGGGGCGGAUUUUAUAAAUUCCCGGUUGUUGAGCCGCUGUUUUCGAUUGUUUCUUGCAACUGACAGUGAAGUUGGUGGUUAGCUAAAAUCUCUAAAUUAGACUCUCUUAUGUGGCGUUUGCUUUUAUUUGCUUCUGCGUCUCGGUGUCCUUAUUUUUGUUUUAAUCGCAACCUUCAAAUGUAGCUAGCGUUUAAUUUAGACAGUUCCUGAUAAACCACCUCAUUUUUGACGGGUAUGUGCUAGCUAGCCCUAGCGAAUUUGGUUUUGCAAAGUUAACGCCGUGCUAGAUGACUACUUAGCAAGCUAGUGUUCACUCAAUACUAUCCACUUCACUAGCGAUUAGAUAGCUAGCUAUUUGGUCACAAGACUGCUAUAGCUGCGUAAUUCGCUGGUCCUCAUAAAUCAGAAAAACUAAUUCCUAUUGCUGAUCUGUCUAGCAGUCUCACAAUGUUGUCUAGCAAGCAAACAUUAGUUUCAAUAGCUAGCUAACGCGAACUGCUUGUGAAUACUAUCUAGAUAGCUUAGUGUGCAAACUUUUCGCAUCUCAAGCUAGUCAAGAAGCACUUGGCUGGAAGGCAACGAGAAAUCCUUUAAACAUCGUAAUUUGCUAACUAUCUUACGCUAGUUAUCCUAGCUAACUAAAACGAUAUAAUCAAAGGUUUUAAAAGGAGUGCAAGUAAAAUAAAGCGACUUGGUUAAAUCGGGUAGUUGUCCUGGUUUUAUUGGUUGUCAAUAGCCAUCUUAUUUAACGUAACGUUACUCUUGUAACCUAUGAACAAGCCAGAACUUACCUGCUUUGUUUUACUUUGGAUCUGUAUCUUAGCUAGAUGUGCUAGCUAGCUAGCCAGCGAACCAAACCGCUAGCUAAGUGAUUUAAGUAGCUAGUGGUUCAAACCUUGUGUCUCCGAGUUAAGCUACAUUAGUGACUUUUACCUAUAUAAAACUAAAAACGUUAUUAGCCUUAAACUACGAUGUUUCUCAGGUUACUGGAAUUACUCCAAUAAGCCAUGGAGGUUGGCGUAUUUGUACAAGAAGAACUAAAAUUUCGUGGAGCUGAAUUUGUUGUGAAGGUGGAAGUGCAAGAUCGAUUACUUAUAGUAGAAAUUUCUGAUGUCAUGACGGCGGACCAGUGGAAAGGAGAGUUUGAUCAUGCUUACAUUGAAGAUCUUACCCGUAAAACUGGAAAUUUCAAACAGUUCCCUAUAUUCUGCAGCAUGCUCCAGUCUGCAGUGAGUAAGUCUAGUGAAUCAGUGACUCUGGACCUGCUAACCUACUCGGACCUGGAACUCCUGCGAAACAGGAAGGCAGGUGUAGUGGGCAGGCCUCGUGCCCAGCAACAGUCAGCUGCUCUCACUGCGAAACGCUACCUCAUCCUCAUCUACACGGUAGAAUUUGAUAGAAUACACUAUCCUCUUCCACUGCCCUAUCUCGGUAAGCCUGAUCCUGCAGUCCUCCAGAGGGAGAUCAGGGCUCUAAGGGCUGAACUUAAUGCUUUGGGGAUACGAGGAGACCACACAGCAGAUCAAGAAAUUCGGAGACUCCGUGUAGAGUUGGCUGUGGUCAGGGAGGAGAAGGAUGCUCUGGCCAAGGCUUUGGAGAGGCUGCAGCUGGUUGGACCAAGCUCAACCCCUGGUACUCUUGGACUCAGAGAAGCAGUGCGAAGCCUGGAAGAGCAGCUGCUGAGGGAGAGAGCAAAAAGCCAGCGUUCAGCCAGUAAGAGGGGACAAGAGCAGCACCACCUUAUGGAGCAGUUAGAAGAACUUCAGGCCUCCGAGAGAGCUCUUCGGAUACGUGUAAAGAGUCUGACUACUGAGUUAGCAGUGUUGCGCCGGGGAAGGAUGACUCCAGUUUUGUCAGGCCGGAGUGGGUCCAGGGGUGAAGGAAAAUUUCACCGGUCAACCUCCAGAGAGCACAGUUUGACCCGAGUGGGAAUGAGAGCUCGCUCAGGGUCCAGAGAGAGGGUGGAGGACAGGAGUAGGAGGUCAGAAGAGAGAGGAAGAAGGUCAGGUUCCUCAGGAACACAGAACUACAUUUCAAGACCUUCACCAUCUCCACUAGGUUCUCAAGGACCACGGUUUGACCCAACAGCAUAUAUUCAAGAGAGACAACGGCGCCAAAAAGAGGCAGAACUUAAGAACCAACGGAAAGUCAGGAGGGACAUGCUGGCAUCACCAGCUAUGAAUGAACGAGGGCGGUCACGGUCCCGAGUGCCUAUUACUCAUCUUACUAGAGCGGGAAGUGUAGGCCGGGGUAGGAGUGUAUCUGUGGAGAGCAGAAGGAGUCACCACUCUUCUGAAAGCUCGUUGGCUGAGUUUGAAGAGCUUGCUAAGCCCCUGAACAGCAGAAGCAGAAAAAUAUCUUAUAAUGGUCCAAAAAUGACAAGAGGGAAACACUUUAACAAAAAGCCAAUGUGUAGCACUCCAACACAAAGAAUGAGAGAGAACUCCAUGGACACUGGAGCUGAUCUGUCAGAAAUUGAUGCUCGUCUCCAGGCCCUGCAAGAGUACAUGAAGGAUCUGGAUACAGGACACUAAUGUUGCCAAAUGAACAGCAAACAUUUGGUGUUAUUGCAUAUACUUGUACUGAUACAUAUCAGCACAAUUAUUUGUUUUUCCUUCCACUGUUUCAGUGGGUGCUCACUGCUCACAAAUGCUAAAACCUCAAGAGACAUACUGUUUCAUGCUAUAAAUGUUAGGCCCUUCCUAAUUUGUAGAACAUGGACUUUGCAAUGUGACAGACAUCAUUUUUGAAGGACCCAAGAGUAUCCUAGACCUGAGAGACUGAUGUUUAUAUGCUGUGUGUAUGUGACAGUCAGUUACUUUUAGACAGAUUUUUAUAUAUAUUGUAACUCAGUUUUAAUCACUCUUACAAAUGGGUCUUGUGUUUGAAAAUUAUUUUUAUAUGAAUUUUUCCUUCCUUUUAAAUAUGUCUUCCAUUUAUUUAACCAUUUUUCUACAAUUAUGCACUAUUAUGGUGCCAUCACUUGCUGUUAUAUACUUUGUGUCGGGGGUUUAUUUGUUCAGUUGCUUUUAAGACUCACUUGGGAACAUGACAUGAGACUUGCAUAUAUAUCACAUGUGGUCUUGCUUGUAUACAUAUUUUUAUUUGUGGCAGCUAUGGUUUGAAUGUCUUAAAGAGGUUUUAAGGCAUUAGUAUUUAGCCAUCUAUUGCUGGCUUGCUCCUGAGCACUUGUGCCACAGUGGUUUCUAUGUAUGCAGUGAGAUGAAACAUACAGUCCAGUAACUUUCCACAUCAUCUUCAUUGAUUUGUUUUCCUGCCCAGUUUAUAUUGAUGAAAUUUUCACCUUUAGAGGAAGUUUCUGUGUUUGCAGGCACUCUUGUACAGUGUCAAGGCAGAUGUGAUUGAUAUAUUUUGAGCUAGAUGAGUGCUUUCAUUAGAUGAGGGAUUUCUAGGUAUUUUGUGUCUUGCAGUAGGAAACCACAGCUGGCCUAAAUUUCUUAAUGAACAGCAUUGAGUUAUUGUGACCUAUCCAUCUGGCAGAACAGCUGCUAUCCCCUCCUCCUACCAACAUGCACACAAAAGACACUAAAUUCAUGGCAUACUGGCAUGUUUAAAUAGCAUGCUUACAUGAUUUUUGUACUCUGGUAUUAUGAAGCAUGGUGCCCUGCGUUUUAAAAGUUAAUAUUCAAUAGAUGAUAUUGGCAUAGGUAUAAAGGAGAAAUUGCUGUGAUGUUGAUGCUUUAAAAACAUCAAGGUUGCAAAACA